ACUGAUGUGCUUGUAUAUGUGUGUGUGUGUGUGUGUAUUAUUGGACAUAGUCUGUCAUCCAGGCAGGUUGCUUGCGCUGUCGCGCGGGUCUCGCCAGAGGUGGUGUGGUGGUGUCCGCUCCUGUGCUCGGCGUGGACGUCGUGCUGACUUUGAGGUGCCGGCGGUUGCGUAUCGACACCCUGCCACUGCCUGACAGCCUGAUAGCGUACUUCCUGUAAGGCCUGGCUUCCAAGACCGCACCAGACCUGUUCCACAUCCCCGUUGCUGGGUCCUGCACAAGCACCGCGUCGCCUGCCUGAAGUGUCGGUACCAGAACAACUUCAAGAUGUCUGUUGUGUGUUGCUGGACAAGACAUUUGUGCGGCAAACACCUCACCCUGAGCCGAGGUGUGUGCUCCUCUGCAGUGCUCUCCAAGAAAGAGGAAGAUACUCCAAAGAAAGAAUGGGUCACCCACCACCAUGAGGGUGAGAAAAUGUCAUGGAAUGCCCCCAAAGAAUCAGUUGAUGUCAGACACGAGAUGCCUCACAGUGAGUGGCGGGGACUCCUGCACCAGAUGGCACCAAAAAAACCUGUCAGAAUAGACUUUAUAAACUACAUGCAGAGAGGCAUCGACUUGCGGCCGUCAUCUGUCAAGAAGUGGUGGGGCAAUAUGCAGACAGAGGCAGCAGCUAAAGACCAAAUGUACAAAGCAGAGCGUGUGGCAGCGCUAGGCUUUGACUUGGCUGCAGCUCACUUUGUUGUUCACCGUGGGGGAAGGGUGCGCUUCAAGGAUGCCAAGGAGUGGGUGGAGCAGGAUGAGGAUGGAGUGUAUGAGCUGUCAAGACACUAUGAACCUGGCGUGUAUAUAGAGGAGGUGGAUGCAAGUAAAAUUAACCUGGUGUAUGAAGGUCUGGAGAGCAUGAAGAACCUCAAGUACCUGAAGAGCCUCAAUGUGUCUGGCUGUGCCCACAUUGAUGACUGGUGCAUUGACCGGAUCUGCAGUCAGUUCUCAGGCACCCUGGAGCACCUCGACAUCAGCAGGUGUACCAAGGUGACAGAGCGUGGCAUUGGGGCGCUGGUGAGACUGAGACAACUGUGCACCCUCAACCUUGCCGGCCUGGAGGGUGUCAAGGACGUCAGGUUGCUCUGCCUCCUCCUACGAGACGACCUGCCUCAACUCAAAAUAUCUGGCAUCAGUUACUUAAACCCUCAGACAUUAGAAUAUGCAUAGGUGUGUUCAUUAGUGCCCAACAUUGACUUGCUACCAUAUUUAUAAUUCAUUCAUCAAUUUUACCAUGGCACAGGAUAGUAGUCCAUAAAUUCCUGCAUCUUAAGAUAGGUUUUUUAUUUCUUGUCUUGUAUAUACGUAUGUAAAUGUGUUGGUCACAUUUUGUUGUAUAAAGUGAAGCUUUAU